ACUCAUCCCAAUGCAGCCGAGCUGAAGUUGAAAAAGAAGAAGAAAGGGGAAAAGUCCAGAUUCCAGAAAACGCUAAAUCACCAUGGAAGAUCGAAGCAGCAAGUUCAAGCUUGCACUUUCAAUCACAGUCGCGGUGGCGAUCUCCAUCAUUUUGGCAGUACAAAUUCGAAAAAACAGAAGGCAAAAACAGAAGAAACAAUCGAAAUCUUGCUAUCUCGAUACAGAAUCUCCUAGAAAACCUCAAUUCAGUUUCAAACGCGUUGUGGCAGACAAUUCUUACUCUCAAUUCAAGCAUUUGAAGCUCCAGGAAGCUGCCGGCGCCGCCAAUGGGGAUUAUGUGAAUGUGCAUCCGUACAAGGCGGAGAUUGGGGAAUUAUUGAAGAAUUUGAACGCUGAAUUUGUGGAACUUUUUAGUGGGGAAGUGGAAAUGAUUGGGGAUGAGGCUGAUAAUUAUGUUUGGGUUGAAACGAAGUCGCAGCUGGAGGAUCUUGCUGAGGUGUUGAGUAAAGAGAAAGUGUUUGGUGUUGAUACUGAGCAGCAUAGUUUGCGAUCUUUCUUAGGCAUCACAUCUCUCAUUCAGAUAUCGACAAAAAGUAAGGACUAUCUGGUGGAUACAAUUGCCUUGCAUGAUGUGAUGGGAAUUCUUCAGCCCGUGUUUGCUGAUCCUCUAAUUUGCAAGGUGUUCCAUGGAGCUGAUAAUGAUAUUCUCUGGCUUCAAAGAGAUUUUCAUAUAUAUCUGGUUAAUCUAUUUGAUACAGCAAAGGCAUGUGAUGUGCUGUUGAAACCACAAAAGUCAUUGGCAUAUUUGCUUGAAGCAUAUUGUGGAGUUGUUAAAAAUAAACUGUUACAGCGAGAAGACUGGAGACAGCGUCCCUUACCUGCAGAGAUGGUGCAAUAUGCACGUACAGAUGCACACUAUCUUUUGUAUGUAGCAAAUUGUCUUACUUCAGAGCUCAAACUAUAUGGAACAGAAAAUUCAUCGCGUCCCGAUGACACGUUCCAUUUUGUUCUCGAGGCUAGUCGGCGUUCAAAUGCAGCUUGUCUGCAACUUUACACAAAGGAGAUUGAAGCUUAUCCAGGAGAAUCUGCUGCAGCAUCGAUCAUUUCUCGUAAUUUGAAUGAUCAAGGAAGUUUCCAAUCAAAUUGCUGUUGUGAGACAAAGGAAAAUUGCUCCUGCCAGGUUAAGUUUCAGGCUGUUGUGAGACGUCUUUGUGCUUGGAGGGAUGUAAUGGCCCGAGUUCACGAUGAGAGUUUGAGAUAUGUCCUAUCUGAGCAAGCCAUAGGCAUGCUUGCAGCAAAGGUUCCAACAACUGAGAUGGAAAUAUAUGAUACCAUCUCAAGAGCUGAUCUAAAUUCUGAUUCCGUGAAUUUUGGUUCUUUUCUCGAAUCUCCAUCGCCUGUUGUUUGCAGUCACUUUGAAGAUUUUUAUUUACUGUUUCAAGAUAAUAUAGGCAAGGAUGAUGAUUGGUUAGUUCCAAUCCUACAAAAGCACCUAGGCUCAGAUGGGACUUGUCCCCUGUCAAUACAUAACUAUGUUUUACUAUCAAAAACUAGCCUAAAACCAACAAAUAGAACAGUUUCUAAACCAAAUGGGUUUAGAGCUGCAAAGCAAGUUGCUCGUAUGGCUUCAAGAGAGUUAUUCGUUCAAAAAUUCUCCUGCAAAUCCCCAGUUUAUCAUAAUUGCAGAAUCUUUGCAAACGACGGCCGAUUGUUAUGUUACUGUGACCGGAAGAAGCUUGACUGGUAUCUUAAUCGAGAUCUGGCAAGACUUGUUGAAGAUGACCCUCCAGCUAUAAUGCUUCUCUUUGAACCCAAAGGUCGCCCUGAGGAUGAGGGGAAUGACUUCUAUAUUCAAAGUAAGAAAAACAUAUGUGUUUGUUGUGGUGAAGGGAAUCACUAUUUACGGUACCGGGUUAUACCUUCGUGCUACAGAAUGCAUUUCCCUGAACAUUUGAAGAGUCAUCGCUCUCAUGAUAUUGUGCUUCUCUGUGUGGAUUGUCAUGAAAUCGCACAUGCUGCCACCGAGAAGUACAAGAAACAAAUAGCUACAGACUUUGGAAUACCACUUUACAUUCGUAAAGUAAUUGAUUCUGAUCAAGUUCAAAAUACAAGUGAAUCGACUGAUGUACAUUUUGAGGAGGUAGGCGUAUCUCCUUUGCAGUUGCGCACUGCAGCAAUGGCUUUGUUGCGCCAUGGGCCAAGAAUGCCACCCAAACGCCGUGAAGAAUUAACCCAGAUAGUAAUGCAGUACUAUGGAGGUAGAGAAAUAUCAGAUGAAGAUCUGGAAAAGGCUUUGCUAGUUGGGAUGAGUCCGUAUGAGAGAAAACGACUAGGGAAAAAAAGAGGACUACAAUUCAAGCAUGCAAGUUCUCAAGUUUUGGUUGGUACAGAUACAGAUAGUAAAGAAACAUGUAGCAAACAAAGUAAUGGUCAAAACUUGAUGGAGAUGAGAACGGACGUAAGUGGUCACUCCACUUGUUCCAACACUCUGGCCAAUGGUGAAGUCUCUUCGGCCCAUAGUAAAGGAGUAGAUUCGGACAGUACUAAGUCUCGAAAUACCAAUUGCAUACCUUUUUCAGUUUCUGAUGUUGCUGAAAGUGGAACUCCAUUGAAUGGAGCGACAAAUUUGAUCUGCUCAACGUAUAAUGGAAAUUUUUCAUCGAAGCACCAGUCAAAGUAUUCACUACUUGGGCAUGGACCACAUGGAAAGUUAGUUGUUGAUCAUUUACUGAAGGAAUAUGGUGAGGAUGGAAUCCUUGAAUUUUGCCAGAAAUGGAGACAAGUUUUUGUUGAUGCUCUUCAUCCUCGCUUCUUACCUGCUGGAUGGGAUGUGAACCACAGUGGUAAGAGGGACUUUGGGGAUUUCAGCGUGUACAAGCCUGUGAAGAAAGUUUCUGCAGCUGCUGAGGAAUUGGGAAAAUGAUCAAGACUUGAAUCUGCCAGGUUGCAAGAGACCCUUUUAAUUACCAUUUUAUUCUAGGAGAGCACCAGCAUAGUUAAACUAGGAGAUGUAAUCUGUUUUAUAUCUGUUUAUGUAUUCAUUUGUUUGUUCGUUUUGCUUAUCAUCGUGGUUUUCCAAUGAUCAGCCGAAUUUUGUGCAAGUGAUUGCAUUGGAGCUGUAGCUUAUAUAGUGGAAUACUUUUCAAAUGCAAGGAUCA